AUGAGGAAAGAAACACACGGACUUCAGAGCCAGACAGCAAUGGCUUCCCUGCAGAGGAGCGAUGAACAAGCAGCAGUGGAGAAGGAAGAAGAGAAGGAGAUGCCACUGGAGGAGAUCGGGGAGUAUCGGGCUUUGGCCCAGCAGAACUCCAUCGAGGCCAUAAGGGCCGCGGAGGAGCGCUAUGCCAAGGCCAGGGAGUCCACUGCCUCUGCUCUCAAGGAGACCAGAGAGGCCGUAGGGCAAGGGGUUGGCGCCGCCGUGGCCUACGCCACCGCCAAGGGAGUGGAGGCCAAAGACGCCGCGGCGCAGGGAAUCCGCACGGCGGCGGACUACACGGCGGAGAAGGGCUCCAUGGCGAAGGAAUUCGCCGUGGAGAAGGGUCAUCAGGGCUACCAGGUGGCCAAGGAGUACGCAAACCAGACGGCCACUAUGGCGUCGGAGAAGGCCGCCGCGGCGAAGGAGGCGGUCGCAGAGAAGGGUAGGAGAGGGAUGGAAAUGGCGGUGGAGCAGGGUUCGAAAGCGUACGAAACGGCGAAGGACGCCACCAUAAGCACAGGAAAGACCACCGCUGAGUACGUCCGGGAGAAGGCCAUGGAUGCGAAGGAAGCUGCGGUUGGUGCAGUUCAGGGGGGAGAAGAGACCUUCGGAGGCGAGAAGAAAGAAGAAGCAAUGGAGAUUUCCGGCCAAGUGGAGACUAGCGCCGAAGACUCUGUGUACAAAAUCCUGCUAGCUUCUGAUGCUUGA